CAAAACGCCUGAGUCAGGCGGCGUGGCUAUUAAAGCCCCGGGUCGGGCUGGGCUGCCGCACUGCCAGGAUGAGGCUUCCUGUCUGGCUGUGGCUGAGCUCCGCGGUCCUCGCUGCCUGCCGAGCAGUGAAGGAGCACAACCUGACUGAAGGGCUGGAGGAUGCGAGCACCCAGGCUGCCUGCCCCGUGAGGCUGGAGGGCAGCGGGAGGUGCGAGGGGAGCCAGUGCCCCUUCGAGCUUACCCUGCCCACGCUGACCCUCCAGCUCCCACGGCAGUUCGGCACUAUGGAGGAGGUGCUCAAAGAAGUGCGGACCCUCAAGGAAGCCGUGGACAGUCUGAAGAAAUCCUGCCAAGACUGCAAGUUGCAGGCUGACGACCAUCGAGAGCCCGGCUGGAAUGGAGCAGAGAUGGUCGAGGAUAAUCGAGUCCAGGAACUGGAGAGUCAGGUGAACAAGCUGUCUUUGGAACUGAAGAAUGCGAAGGAUGAGAUCCAGGGGCUGCAAGGGCGCCUGGAGACGCUUCAUCUGGUAAAUAGGAACAGCAUCGAGAACUACGUGGACAACAAAGUGGCAAAUCUAACCUUUGUGGUCAACAGUUUGGAUGGCAAGUGUUCCAAGUGCCCCAGCCAAGAACACAUCCAGCCACAGCCAGUUCAACAUCUAAUAUACAAAGAUUGUUCUGACUACUACAUGAUAGGAAGGAGAAGCAGUGGGACCUACAGAGUUACACCUGAUCACAGGAACAGCAGCUUUGAGGUCUACUGUGACAUGGAGACCAUGGGUGGAGGCUGGACAGUGCUGCAGGCUCGCCUUGAUGGCAGCACCAACUUCACCAGAGAGUGGAAAGACUACAAAGCUGGCUUUGGAAACCUUGAACGAGAAUUUUGGCUGGGCAAUGAUAAAAUUCAUCUUCUGACCAAGAGUAAGGAAAUGACUUUGAGAAUAGAUCUCAAAGACUUUAAUGGUCUCACACUUUAUGCCUUGUAUGAUCAGUUUUAUGUGGCUAAUGAAUUUCUCAAAUACCGACUGCACAUUGGUAACUAUAAUGGCACGGCAGGGGAUGCCUUGCGGUUCAGUCGACACUACAACCAUGACCUGAGGUUUUUCACCACCCCAGACAGAGACAAUGACCGGUACCCCUCUGGGAACUGUGGGCUCUAUUACAGCUCAGGCUGGUGGUUUGAUGCAUGUCUCUCUGCAAACUUAAACGGCAAAUAUUAUCACCAGAAAUACAAAGGUGUCCGCAAUGGAAUUUUCUGGGGCACCUGGCCUGGUAUAAGCCAGGCACAGCCUGGUGGCUACAAGUCCUCCUUCAAGCAGGCCAAGAUGAUGAUUAGACCCAAGAAUUUCAAGCCAUAAAUUGCAAGUGUUCAUCUCUCUGGGCACUCACUAUCUAAGAGGACAGUGCAUUCCUUCAGUGCUUUAUCAUAUGCCUCAGUUCAUAUUCCUUUCCAAUAGCUAAACACUUUACAGCUUUUAAAAUAAAGCUGAAAAUAUCUAAAAAGAUUCCUUUGUUGCUGUUAUAUAAAGAACGCUUGAAGGCACUGGAAAUAUUGACAAUUAUACAUUAUAAUUGCAAAACUUUUAAUUUUAUUAGUUGAAAAGUUUCCUACUAUUUUUACUAUUUUUUAUAAUAAAAACUAAAUUAUUCAGCAAGCUAAAUUCUAUAUCCACAAGUUUUAUUUUCACUAGGGCUAAACCUACACAUUUGAAAAUGCAACAGUCUUUUUAGGGUACAGUUACUUGUGUAUCUGGAGCCAAGAACUGUAGUAUUUUCUUUGGUCCAAGAAGAACCUAAAGCAUUUUAAUUCUCAAAAAGAAGUGUGGGGACUGGGGGAGGGGGGUCAGAGAUAUAUGUAUAGUUAAAUUUAUUCAUCUAAUGCAAAAUAUGUCAUUAAAAUACCUGUAAAAUGGGGUAGCAUAGUAUAUGUCUUUUCCGUCUCCAAAUUGGAAAAUGGUGUUUCCCUGAAGACUUUGGUUUACUGGUAAUUCACUUACUGUUUAUAGCCCCUUAGUCCCUGAUACAAAUGAUGCUUUAUUACCCCUCUCUGCUCUCUGUGCACAAUAGUUUGUAAUGUAAGGUGCUAGACUACUGUAAGGCUUCCUUGGGGAAAGGCAUGGUAAGGAAAAAAACAUUUAUUUAUACUCUGAAAGCCAAUCCUAUACCCAAAACAAUACUAUUGUUAAGAAAUCAACUUCCAAGGAAGCCACCUUUUUUAGAACAAAUUUAUUUAUUAUGAUGGAUUUUGAAAUAGUUCAAAUAGUAUACAUUUUAAUCCUAAGUAGUCAAUUGUUUAUUUCAUUCUCGGAAAUUCAAAGAAAAAAAUAUAUACAUACACUUAUAUACAAAUACACACACACAUACACACACACACACACUAUAUAUAUAUAUAUAAUUUUAGCCGGAUGUAAGUACCUGGAAUUCCCUAAUUGCAGAAUGCCAAGGGUGGUAUUAAAAAGCUUUGAGGCAGUUUCAUUUUAUCAUUGUGAAGACAGAUCACUUCAGAGAGAAACAACCAGCUGCACAUUUUAAAAUGCUCUUGAGUAGAAUUUGAAGUACUGCAUGCAGUUAGUCAUAUGUAGUAGGUGACCGUACAGUACGCAGUGUUUAAGCAAUAACUUUGAUUUUUACGUUUUGGUGUAGUUUCUUAUAUGCUAACCAAGCUUUCAAAAUAUAUGUACAAAGAUUCCACUUUAGUUAUUCUUUAAAUAUAAUUAGGGAGGGCAGUUAUUGAUAUGACUACUUAAAUUUUCAAAUAUGUAACCACUGUUAAAAAAAACUUUAAAAAGAGCAAGAUAUUUUUAAAAUGUUCAACAUGAAAUUUUCAGGUAAAUACAAUGACAACUAAGCUAUUGGUAAUAUAAUUAAAUUACCAGAGUAAGGUAAAUGCAUGCUGAAUCAAAUGACCAAAAUGUAAAAUAUAGAUUUCAAAGGCGGUUUACCUACUUGGUAAAAUAUUGAAUGUAAGUAUCAAUAACUAAUUUUAUUUUAUUUUAUUUUGCUUUUUAAAAAGACUAAGAAGAUUUUGAGAUUAUACAAUUUAUGUGUUUCAAAUCCUGUUUAUUAUAUGUAACCAUAUAAGUCUAAUGACAUUUCCAUCAUGAAAAUGGAUUUAGUAUAGCAAAAAAAAAAAAAAAAAAAAAAAAAAAAAAAAACCCUAUGCAUUCAUCUUUAGCGGGUCUUUCUCAGAAUAACAAGGAAUCCAUGUAAAUACUCUAAUAAUUUAAAUGUUGUUUUCUACUAUACUCUUAUGAUGUUUUUCUAAUGAAGUCUUUAACACAGAAAUUUAUUUUUGGAAACAUUUUCUGCCACUCAUUUAAAAAUAUAUUGUAGACUUUGAUACUCUUUAACCUGUUUACUGAACUAGUCCUUAGCCUUAAAGAUCUACUAAUAUAUGCCGGUGCUCAUAAAUGUACACUAUUUGCCGAUAUGUGUUUUAGAGCCUGGUCUCACUGGGGAGGCUACUGUUGAUCUUAACUAUCACUUUACUGAUGAACAUCAUUAUCCUUUAAGAUGUUGAGUGGAGCUAGUUUCUUAGGAAUCUGGCUGAGUCACCUACCACUGAAUGAGAAAGCCAUUUUUUUUUUUUUUUUUGAAAAGUAAUAAUGCACCGAACGAACGUAUUCAGCUGUGUUACAGAUAGAGCUUGUGUGUGCAAAGCACAAGAAGCAUUGGAAUCACAGUAUUGGCUGAUCCUGGACUUUCAGCAGCUGCGCUCAUUCCUCAAAAAGUUUUCAAGAUAGAAUGGAUAUAUGCAAUUACAAUAAACUCUUGAUUAAGAUUUCUUUUCAUUGAUGUAUAAUUAAGGCUAAGUUUCAUGUCUCUUUUAAGCCUUGUAAAAUAAAAGAUUUAAUCUUCAUAUUUA